AUUUUUUCCCGAUUUAAUUUUCUUUAAAAAAGAGUAAAAAUAAAUUAGAAACAACAAUUGAAUAUCUGUUGUUUCGAAAAAUACCUUUCUCGGCUUUCAAAUAUUUUUUUUUCGAGUACGGCAUACAUACGGAUAAAAUACGGCGUAUGUACGGAUAAAGUAGGGCCGUAUUUUGUCUGUAUGUAUGCCGUACUUGAAAAAAAAAUAUUUGAAAGCCGAGUAAGGUAUUUUUCGAAACAACAGAUAUUUCCAGGAAUGUACGGAUAAAGUAUGGCACAUGUGUAGAGUACGUCCAGAUCGAAUACAACAAGCUAUGACAUUUUUGAAAGCAUAACGAAAAAUCAAUCAAAUAUCAGUUGUUCCAAAAAAUACAUUUUCCUAACUGAGGCAUGUUAAACACAACUUUAAUGAACGCUGGUGCGUCGUUAAAGUGGCGCAUUAUCCCACUGGUCCCUACGAGAGUGAGUUUUUGUUUUUCAGUGUGUUUUUGUUUUAUAGUGAACGUCGUGGAAAGCGUAGACUACGAUAAUGCUGGUUUUAAUGCUGAUGUAAGCGCGUUCAAUAAAAGGCCCCGUAGAAAUUUUUAGUGGCGCCAUUCCAUGGCGUGGUUACUCUGGUAACUGUGAUGACAGCCAUAUUGGAUUAGAAUUUUCUUUCUCACACACACACUCACACUCAUCAUCCUAACAGUUCAUUUAGACAAGUUUAGACAUGCUAAUCAGGUGGUCAAAAAUAAUUUAAAAAAUUCAGUAAUUUCAUAUUAAUAUUUAGCUGCAGCUGUGAGUUGUCAAUUGUCAUAAAAAAAUAAAAAAUCAAUAGUUACUUGUUCUUUAUAUUUGUCAAAAUGAAUGAUCAUUGGGUUGAUGAAAGUACUUCACACAGUAGUAGUGAUGAAAAUGAUUGUGAUAAUAAAAAAAAAAAAAACAAAUGUGAAGUUCUUGAUGUAAAUAACAAUGAAUGUAAUGUGCAACUAAAAGAAUCAGAAUUAACAUGUGAUGAAUUUGAUAUGGGUGAUGAUUUAAUUUUUGACGAUAGCGUUUUUGUUCAUAAUUAUGAUACUGGUGAUGGUGAUGAUAACAAUAAUAACGAUAAAGACAAUGCCAAUAAUUAUGAUGAUAAUGGUGUUGAUGACAACGUUGGUGAUGACAAUGGUGGUGAUGACAAUGGUGGUAAUGAAGAUGUUGAUGAUGAUAAUGAUAAUGAUGAUGAUGAUGAUGAUGAUGAUGAUGAUGAUGAUGAUGAUGAUGAUGAUGAUGAUGAUGAUGAUGAUGAUGAUGGACAAAAAAUAAUUGAUGAAGUCAAUGCAAUAAAAAUGGAUUUAUUGCCAGAAAAGUCUCGUGCAUUGUACGAGGCUGAAUACAAUAAGUACAAAAGCUGGCUAAAUAAUAAAAAAAAAGGAAAAACAGAUGAAAGUCAUGUAUUAAUUUAUUUUAAUGAAAUGAAAAAAAAAUAUCAGUCAUCGACAUUGUGGUCUCGGUACUCAAUGUUACGAGCUACUUUAGAGAUGUACGAAGGAAUUGACAUAUCAAAAUAUCCACUCAUAAAAAGCUAUUAAAAAGAACAUCUGUUGGUCAUCGAUCAAAAAAAUCAAAACUUUUCAAAGCAGAAGAGAUUAAAAAAUUCUUGGAGACAGCACCAGACUCAGAAUUUCUUGCGAUAAAGGUUGCAGCAAUAUUUGGUAUUUGUGGUGGAAUGAGAAGACAAGAGCUAACUGAUUUAAAAUUGUCAAACAUAAAAAAAGAAGGAGAUAUUAUAGUUGUCAACAUUAUCAAGUGUAAAAAUCAAGAGCCUCAAUUAUUUACAAUUCACGAUAGUUAUGUAGAAUAUGUCGAGAAAUACUAAUCACUGAGACCAGCUAAUGCCACAUCUGAACGUUUUUUUCUUGAAUACAUGAAUGGUAAAUGCAUGAAUCAAAACAUUGGUAUCAACACAUUUGGCAAAAUGCCAAAACUAAUAGCUACUUAUUUAAAGCUUGAAAAUGCUGAAAAAUAUACAGGCCAUUCAUUCAGAAGAACUGCAGCAACAUUGUAUGCCAAUGCUGGUGCUGAUACAGCUAUGCUUAAACGGCAAUUCAAGUGGAAAUCUGACGCAGUUGCAAUAGGUUACAUUGAGGAUUCUACAGAACAAAAAUUAGAAGCUGGUAGAAUGAUUACAAAAAGAAUAAAUAUUGGUAAUAAACGUGAUAACUCACCAUCAAUAAUUCCAUGUUUUAAAAGACCAAAAUAUAAUCAUGAAAAUACUCAACCUGGUUUAAACAAUCAACACAAACACAUAGACAUUAAUAAAAAAAUUAAUUGUGGUGCAUCAACAUCAAGCGAACACCAGGAUCAUAAUUUAAAAUCCAAUUCUACUUUUGAUAAUGAUAAAGAAAAUUUUCAUGGUGAUAAAAAGGAAAACAAGAAUAUCACAAUUAUCUAUAAUUUAACUAACUGCUCUAACAUAACUUUCAAAAACUAGUUUUAUAAAAAAAAAAAAAA